UUCAUUCGUGUGGUCGAAGAUUUUGAGGGUCUUGUCGUCCAGCGCUUGUUUGAGUUGUCUAAAGCUAAUCUCUCGUCAACCGGCUAUAAACUUCGAAGACAAAUAUCUCGAGCCAUCGUCAAACGAUCGGGUGCAAUUCGUACUGCACUAGACAAGUACAACAAGCUCGCUGUCGUGCAAAAUCCACGAAGGCCAACACUACAAUAUAGUGAGAUUCUGUCUUAUGUGGCCCUUGGCGAGUUUGAUAUCCUCAAACAUUCACGACACGAUAUCCUGACCAAGCCUUGGAGCAACACCACACAUCAUCAGAUGGGUGUCAAGUACUUCAAGAUUCUCCGAGCUCGUGAGGAGAUUACUCGACUCAAUGUUGAAAUCUGCCGCCUGCACGCUUGGAUCGAUGCUGAGGAUUCUGACAUCAAACAUGUGGCCACUGAGCUUGAGCUAACUAACCCUCCGCUUGCAUCAGAAAUUUGGAGGCUGUAUCAUUGGCAGCGGAGGGUCAAUGAUGUGCACCGUGUUCGUAUCAAUCGCAUAUAUUCACUUGAAGGAUUUACU